AUGGAUCAAAAACUAGAGGCUUUGGCAAGAAACAAUACUUGGGUCCUGGUUGAUAAACUACCUGACAAAAACCUCAUUGGUUACAAAUGGGUCUACAAAUUCAAGCACAAACAGGAUGGGACAGUAGAACGACACAAAACAAGGCUGGUUGUGAAGGGUUACACUCAAAUAGAAGAUGUAGAUAAUGCUUUCAUACAUGCAAACCUAGAAGAAGAAAUUUAUAUGGCUUUACCGCAAGGUCUCUUGACUUUUAAGCCUAACCAGGUUCUUGGUUAUUCUCAAAGUCAAGCUGAUAACACCUUGUAUACCAAGAAGACAGAGAAAUCCUUCACCACUUUACUAUUAUAUGUUGACGAUGUAUUGUUAAUAGGAAAUGACAUUUUUGAGAUCAAUAAGGUCAAGCAGUCUCUUCAUGCACAGUUUCACAUUAAGGAUCUUGGAGAAGCCAAGUUCUUUUUGGGUUUAGAAAUUACACGGUCUUGUAAACACAUAGUGGUUAACCAACGCAAAUAUUCCUUGAAACUUUUAUCAGACUCUGGUCUUCUCUACUGUAAGGCAGCAACAACACCUAUGGAUAACUCAGUCAGGUUGGGAGCUACUACUAGCAAACCACUCUCUGAUAUCAACUCCUAUAGAAGAUUGAUAGGAAGACUUCUUUAUCUUACAACUACAAGACUAGACAUAGCUUUUGUGGUGAAUCAACUUAGUCAAUUCUUAUCUGCUCCCACAAACCAACAUCAAGCAGCUGUUCACAAUGUCCUUCGCUAUAUCAAAGGCUCACCUAGGUGUGGCCUUUUCUAUCCAUCAUCAAACACUCACAAGCUCACAACAUACAAUGACUCUAAUUAG